AUGGUGGAGCACAGCGGCCUGGACAUCAUGUGUCUGAACAGAUACAGCCCCGCUUCCUCCUCCUCCUCCUCCUCCUCCUCAUCCUCCUCGAACGCGGAGAAGAAACUUUUCUCCAAGCUUAAGGUGAGUCUGACCAAGAAGUACCCUCAGAAGAACGCGGAGACGCUGAGCGCGCAGUACGGAACCAACCUGCUGCUGGUCGGUGUGUCCGUGAUGCUCGCGCUGGCGCAGCACGGUCCCGCGGUGCAGAAGGAGCACCUGCUGGCCUUCAUCACGGCGCUGAUGCUGGUGCAGCUCGUCUGGAUGCUCUGCUACAUGAUCCGGAGGGAACGGGAGCGCGGUCCGGUGCCGGAGAGGGACGCGCACGCCGGCACCAGCUGGGUCCGAGGGGGGCUGACGAUGCUGGCGCUGCUGUCGCUCAUCAUGGACGCGUUCCGCAUCGGUUAUUUCGUCGGAUAUCAUUCGUGCAUCUCCGCCGUGCUCGGGGUCUAUCCCAUCGUGCACGCGCUGCACACCAUAUCUCAGGUGCAUUUCCUCUGGUUCCACAUCAAAGACGUCAUCAAGAAAUAUGAAACGUUUGAAAGGUUUGGAGUGAUUCACGCCGUCUUCACUAACCUGCUGCUGUGGUGUAAUGGAGUGAUGUCAGAAGCUGAACAUUUCCUCAACAACCACAGGAGACGCCUGACUGCGCUGGGAUACGCCAAUCUCUCCACAGUGGAAGCGGAGCCGCACUGUAACUGCACCACCAGCGUCUGCUCCAUGUUCUCCACCAGCCUCUACUACCUGUACCCCUUCAACAUCGAGUACCAUAUCUUCGUCUCGGCCAUGCUGUUGGUGAUGUGGAAGAACAUCGGCCGCACGCUGAACCUCCACAGCAACCGCAAGCGUCCCAGCACGAGGAGCCCGGGUCUGCUGCUUGGCCCCAUGCUGGGUCUGCUGGCGCUGGCCAGCUCCGUCACCAUGCUGGUGGUGUACCUGAUCCAGGUGGAGAACUCGCAGUGUGUGCAUAAAUCUCCGCAGGCCGCCGUCUCCAUGUUCUACUGCUAUGGCGUGGUGAUGCUGAGCUGCAUGUGCGUCGCGAGCGGAGCCGGGCUGCUGGUGUACCGUCUGGAGGCCUGGCCCAUGGACACGGGUUCGAACCCGGCGCGUGCGCUGGACGCGGAGCUGCUGCUGGGCUCGUCGCUGGGCUCCUGGCUGAUGUCGUGGUGCAGCGUGGUGGCAGUGGCGGCGGCAGGACGCAGCUCUCCGAGCUUCCGCUGGACCUGCCUGGCGUACUCGCUGCUGCUGGUGCUGGAGAAGUGUGUGCAGAACCUGUUCAUCGUGGAGUCGCUGUACCGCCGCCGCAGGGAUCCGGACGACGUGCUCGCAACCGAGGUGUUCUGCGUCACGCCGACGUACGACGGCAUCAUGAACCGCGGCUACGAGACGCAGGAGAAGCGCUGCGUGACCUUGGAGGGAGAGACGCCUGAGAACAGAGCGACCUUCAGCAGGAAGCAGACUGACGUCACACUUCCUGUGGGAAACCAGCUCAACGUGACGCCCGGGAGGAAGAGGCAGAUCCUGAAGAACAUCACCAUCUUCCUCUUCAUGUGCAACAUCUCGCUGUGGAUUCUCCCUGCCUUCGGCUGCCGUCCGCAGUAUGACAGCGGUCUGGAGCAGGAGACCUUCGGAUACAGCGUCUGGACCACGGUGCUGAACCUGGCCAUUCCCAUGAACCUCUUCUACCGCAUGCACUCGGUGGCGUCGCUCUUCGAGGUCUUCCGGAAGGUUUGA